UAUAAAAGCUGUGUGGACAGUUGCAAAAUCAAUCAGUAGCUUUCGAGCAGUCUAAUUGAAGUGCACGAUGAGAUUUCUGAUUGUAGCCACCGCCGUCCUCGCCUGCGCCGCAGCCGCACCCUCCGGUGCCCUGCUGGCCGGAGCUUAUGGAGCUCCAUGGGCCCACGGCCACGGCCUGGCCUAUGCUGCACCAUUAGCCGUCAACCACGGUGACAUCCAGGGCGCCGCUAUCGACGCUCACGUUAACGCUGUGGACCACACCCGUGCCGUCAUCGACCAGGUCGCUGAGAACCAGGGAAAAGCCAUCAAUGCUGCAGAGGACCACGCAUGGCAAGCCGUAAACGCCGCCCAGACCGCUGCUGCAGCCAUUGAUGGAGCUGCCGCUGGCGUGUCUCCCGUCGCCGCCCGCCAGCUCGCUGGUCACGUUGCCCCAGUUGCUGCAUAUGCCGCCCACGCUGUGGCUGCCCCAGCUCUUGCAGCGCACUCCAUCGCUGCCCCUGCCCUCGCCCAUGGCUACGCUGCCCCAAUCCUAGCGCACGGCAUCGCUGGUAGUCAUUCCGUGUCCACACAAUCUCUCUCCCAGACUCAUCCAGGCCCCAUCGUCCACGCUCCCCUCGCAUACGCCGCCCAUGGCCUCGCCCACGGCUUCGCCCACGGCCUCGGCCACGCGUGGUAAGCCCAUAUAGACAAUAUUUACAAUAGAUUUUUAAAUUAUUCCGGCUAAUGAGGACGAGCGAAUAAAGGUAUAUACAUCGUU